CAUAUCGAUUUAUUUUUCUGCGUAUACAGAACGUACUUUCCUUUCAUUGUAUUCCAAAAAAGAUAAUAUUUUUGUAUACUUGCGGUUAUUUACAACUGCAAGUAAUGUGUCGCUAAACUGUAGUGAAAAUAACAGAAAAUACAACUUGCACGGCAAAUAAAUAUAAGAGGCAAUCACGAUAAAUAAAAAACCCAACUUGGAUUUGUAGCUUGCUUUCAGUUGCGGCGUCAUGGAGGAUCCCAAUCGCAUGUUGGCCCACACCGGUGGCAUGAUGGCUCCGCAAGGAUACGGCUUGUCUGGCCAGGACGAUGGCCAGAAUGCCGGCAGCGAGAACGAGGUGCGCAAGCAGAAGGACAUCGGCGAGAUAUUGCAACAGAUAAUGAGCAUCUCGGAACAAUCACUUGACGAGGCCCAGGCCAGAAAACAUACACUCAACUGUCACCGAAUGAAGCCGGCUCUUUUCUCUGUACUUUGCGAGAUCAAGGAGAAGACCGUCCUCUCGAUUCGCAACACCCAGGAGGAGGAGCCCCCAGAUCCACAACUGAUGCGCUUGGACAACAUGCUGAUUGCCGAGGGCGUGGCAGGACCUGAGAAGGGUGGUGGCGGAGCAGCGGCUGCCUCCGCGGCUGCGGCCAGCCAGGGUGGUUCCCUGUCCAUCGAUGGUGCUGACAAUGCCAUUGAGCAUUCCGACUACCGUGCCAAGCUGGCACAGAUCCGUCAAAUAUAUCACCAGGAAUUGGAGAAGUACGAGCAGGCAUGCAAUGAGUUUACUACGCAUGUCAUGAAUCUUCUACGCGAACAGAGUCGCACGAGACCCAUUACACCAAAGGAAAUCGAGCGAAUGGUGCAGAUCAUCCACAAAAAGUUUAGUUCCAUACAAAUGCAGCUGAAGCAGUCGACCUGCGAGGCUGUGAUGAUCCUUCGUUCGCGUUUCCUGGACGCACGCCGCAAGCGUCGCAACUUCAGCAAGCAGGCAUCCGAGAUCCUCAACGAGUACUUCUACAGUCACUUGAGCAACCCAUAUCCAUCCGAAGAGGCCAAAGAGGAGUUGGCACGAAAGUGUGGCAUCACGGUCUCGCAAGUAUCCAAUUGGUUUGGCAACAAGCGUAUUCGCUAUAAGAAGAACAUUGGUAAGGCACAGGAGGAGGCCAAUUUGUAUGCGGCCAAGAAGGCUGCUGGUGCUUCGCCGUAUUCCAUGGCCGGUCCUCCUAGCGGGACAACCACACCCAUGAUGUCACCCGCUCCGCCACAGGAUUCCAUGGGCUAUCCAAUGGGAUCCGGCGGCUACGACCAGCAGCAACCGUACGACAACAGCAUGGGCUACGACCCAAAUCUCCAUCAGGAUCUAAGCCCCUGAGGAUCAGGGCUGUGAACCACUCCCAAACGGAGAAUCCCUCAUGCAGUUGUGGUCAAAAUAACUGCGCUGAAAAUCUAACAUGCUGUUUCAUCCUAAUUAUGUGCGGUUCUCUAUUGAACGAAAAAAAAACGCGGUUUAUAUUUG